AAGAGUGUCACCACCAUGUACGGCAGCUACACCACCGGUGGCGCCGCCUCCACCCACCUGUAUGGCACCCAGUACCCCGGGGGCCCACCUUCACUCCCCUCCCCCGCCGCUGAACCCCUGGUGUUCACAGUGCCGCCGCCCCCCCCAGCCUACCAGCCUCCCCACGACACCUGUGUCUCCUGCAGCACCUGUGGGCGGAGCACUACGCCCGCCCACCAGUUCCAGUACUCGUCGCCCACCCUCACCACCUCAACCUCCAGCCAGUCCGAGGAGGACCGCACUCUGGCGCUACAACUGAGGGCAGCGGCCAUCUUCAACAAGACGGACAUUACUCUGCCUUGUGGAUCUCUCUCACUGCCGCCCCCCGCUCUUACCUACCCUCCUCCUUCCACCCCUAUCACUACCACCACCACCUUCCCUUAUCCCCCACCCUCCCACCACUACGACACUAGCACGGCAUGCAUCACCCCCUACUGCACGUGUGACGCCUCCCCCAACAGUAAUUGCUCAAGUUCCUCCUCGCCGCUCUCCUGUCCCAACCUCUCCCUCGUCGCCGCUCCCCCCUCCUGCAUAACCUCGGGCAUGGUGACCCCCUCCAACACCGCUUACCUUGACUCUCCGUCUCCCUCAGGGAUGAAGCGGAUGUCGGAGAUGGAAGGAGAAACACCACUUAAACGUCCUCGCCCCGCUGGUGACACUGAGCUGCGACUCCUCAUCCAGAGCAAGGCUGCAGGCUCGGUGAUCGGCAAGGGAGGCCAGAACAUUUCUCGUUUACGCAGCGAGAAUCCAGCCAGUAUUACCGUGCCCGAUUGCCCAGGCCCCGAACGAGUGCUGACCAUCGGUGGGUCGGAGGAGGUGGUCCUCAAGGUACUAAACGAAGUCCUGGAAUGUCUCGAUGAGGCGCUGCAGAAGGGGACAGAGUCUGACGCACGUAUGCUGGUGCACCAGAGUCAGGCAGGCUGUGUUAUCGGCAAGGGUGGCAGCAAGAUCAAGGAACUCCGCGAGGAAUGUGGGGGACAGAUCAAAGUGUACACAAACUGCUGCCCCCAGUCCACAGACCGUGUCAUUCAAAUCACUGGCGACCGUGACCGCGCCGUCCUUACCAUCACUCGUAUAUUGGAACUUAUCAAAGAAAGCCCCAUCAAGGGUAUGAACAACCCCUACAACCCACACAACUUCGAUGAAUUCUUUGCUAAUGAGUAUGGUGGCUGGGGAGAGUCGCCCAAGGGCAGGUUUCCAGGUGGGCCAAUGGGCCGACCACCCCACAUGGGUCCAGGUGGACCAAUGGGACGAGGACCAAUGGGCCCACCUGGCGGUCCACCUGGUGGACCACCUGGCCCACCCCCAUUUGGAAGGCGUGGCCCCAUGGGCCUCCCACAUGGCCCUCCACCACCCAUGCGAGGUCCGCCCAAUGGUGACUUUGAUGGCAUGAUGAACAAGGGCAAACCAUUUAUGAAUGGCAGUGACCCACACAAUGGAGAUCUACCCACAACCUCAACUCAGGUGACCAUACCCAAGGAUGCAGCUGGUGCUAUUAUUGGGAAGGGUGGAGCAAGGAUUCGUAAGAUUCGUUCAGAUUCUGGAGCUUCCAUCUCUAUCGAGGACUCGCGACCAGGUGCCAAUGACCGUGUCAUCACUAUCAAUGGAAGCGAACCUCAGAUCAAGCAUGCCCAGUAUUUGCUUCAGCAGAGUGUGCGCGAGUAUGGAGGAGACCACGACUACACGCCAGACUUUGAUCAUGAUCAGACUAGUGUGCGUGAAUAUGGAGGUCAGGCAGGUCGCAGAUACUGAAGCACCCACACCAUGUCCAUCACUCAUCACAUUCUCAAGUUGAUGAAGCAGACACACUAACACAUGCAACAAGGCUAAAAAAAAAAAAAAAAUAGAUUAAGAAUUAAUUUGGAAGAAAAGUUGUUACACACGUGAUGUAGAAUGUAUAUUGUAGGAUUAAGGAGCCUCUCAUAACACUGACGCUCAUGAUGUAGAAUUUUAGCUGAGUACCGCUAAAAAAAGUGUUGGGCUUGUCGUCGUUGUACGCUGCCAAGCUGGAUUGGAAGUCAAAUGUCAUUGGUUAUAGAAGUACUACAUCUCUUGUAAAUGCUAAUUAGUGUUUUUUGAUGGGGAUUAUUAAGUUGGUGCUCAGGAGUAUUCCUUGUAGGGCACAGAGCAUUGCCAGGGCAUACAUGGUUUCAGUGAUGGCAUGGGUAAGCAAAUCGGUUAAUGAGCACUGUCAGUGGAAUGACCUCACAGGUGACGACUAGGAUUCCAUCCAAUAUUUUGAAGUAACUGUUAAUCAAAAGGAUAACCUGUAUAGUUUUUUACUUCAAACCAGUAUUUCAGUUUAUGAUCAUAUCAGACUUGCAUACUUUGAUUUCUUUCUGCUUAAACUCACCAUCUACUGAUAGAUUCUCCACAUUAAACUUGCCAUUUGGAAAGAAAUAUCUGGAAGGGGAUGAUGAAAUUCGUCAUUAUUUAGACUUCGUCUUGGAAGCCUAACGUCCACUAAUUAACUAUGAAUAUUCAGGUAUUUGACUAAAUAAACUAGCUCCAAAGUAAUCACCGAUGUAUUUUUGUACAAUUUUAUUGUCAUAAUAUUUGUUUCAUGUUAUUCUACAUAUGGAUUACUAAUAACUGUUGUCAUCUCGCCCCCAAGUACUUCUACUAUGAGAAUUUCUUAAAUCCUUCUAUUACUCAUCUUGGAUGUCCCACAUCAUGUAGGACAAGCUAACUUCCUUUACUCUUUAAAACCUAACUACAAGAUUACUCUUCCUAGACCAGCUUUUCCAGUUUCACAGCCUCUAUCAGUCGGUCCCCUCUGAAUUGAAGUAUCUUUCCAUGAGGGUUGUAGUCAGAUAUAUUUCUUGCCUUAACUCCUGUGCAAAGACCCUGACUGUUUAGGUGUUGUACUCUUUCAUGUAGAGGCUAUAUUGCCCCUUUGCUUAGCUCGGUUUUCUCUGUGGGACGUACUUGAGAUGUUUACUUAGCCGAGUUUGGUUUGAGGAAGGUCCCUAACAUAAUUUAUAAUUUUUGUUUUAGCAGUGUAAUAGAUUGUAUUUUAUCCUUUAUCUUGUAAACAUUUGUCACGUAGAGAAAAUUUAGGAAUAUUUUAAGAGGAGAGGUUGUAUGCACUGGUCCUAGAAUGUAUUUAGUGAAAGGCAUUGCCGAGAUCAAUCGCAGUUAAGUUAACAUCUAAGUUACUCCCCUAUAUGUAUGUAUGUCUGUACCUGAUAAUUGAAGCCAUUGUCCGUGUACAAAGGUAUCGUUGUCACCACUAAAAGAAAGACAAAGGACACUCGCCAGAACUUUCUGUAAUCCCCCCCCCCCCCUUUCCCCUCCACACUUGAAUUAUCAGUGCCCUUUCCCCAUAUUUUCCCGUCUUGUUUACCUUCUUGACAUUGUAUUUUGUCGAGAAAGAUGCUCCUAAUGAAUAGAAAUUGAUUGCCAAAAUCUGCUUGGAAAUAGUUUGUAUUUGUGUUCUGCUUUUGUUUGAAUCUAUCAUAGGUUUUUAAACCUAAAUAAAGUUUCAUAAAGUGUGAUUUGGCUACUUGUUUGAGAAAGUGUUUAUUGAAGUCAUCCCUGCUUUUGUAGGUAAAGUAGACAUUCCAUGCAGCCCAGUUUUGUUAUAAAUGACCAUUAUUUUUGUUACUGAAUCUGCCAAAGCCUGCCAUUCAGUGCAACAGAUGUUGGAUUAAUAGGGCCAUUUUCUUUUCAAGGCCUGUACAUGGUGGUUUCUUUUUUUUCCAAGUUAUGAAAAGUUGUAUACUAAGAUUUGUAAUUAUGAAUUAUUUUCGUAUUCCCAACAAAUAUUAGCUCUUGGCAGAGCUCCAGUGGAAGUUGAUCAGGUUUCAAUUUCAUUUUAUGCAGUUUGGAGCAAGCUUUUCCCUAUAAUGUAAGACAGAGCCUUAACUCUUAUAGGAAUUAGGUACUCGGUCCCCAUUGCCUGCAUACAUUAGUAUUUGAAGUUAUUACCUCGUAUAGAGUUUAUGUCCAGUGGUAUCUAGAAUUUCUAACGAGAAACACUAUUUGCUCCUCAGGGGAUCACAUUUAACUAUGCAUCAACUGGCCCAAGAGAAAAUAACUCGUAUGGAUGGCCAUUUAUAUGCACUAGACCACUACGAAAUGAGUUGUCACUCCUUGUGAACUUCGAUGACAUCUUUACACACACUGUUCUUCCAUUGUAGUGAAAUAUUUGUAAAGACAAGUUGUCUUUUAAUUAUGAUUUCACAUGUCCAGAAAAUGGUUAUGAUGGUAUGAACAUUAAAUCUGGUAGUCUAAGAUGUGCCUAUGGUCCCCUGGAUAGCAAGUAUUGUCCUGCAAUUUGACUGGAUGUUCACAUAUAAGAGAUUUGAUUUAUACAUAAGGACCAGACACUGUUACUUGUGUCCAUAGUUUAAAACUCUUGAAGCCAUCCAUUUUGUAAUGUGAUUAAUGUAUUUUGCAUUCAUAUAAAGGAAUAAAUACCAGAAGAAA